GAAACAUGUGAGUGGCCCGAGGAGCUUGCGAUACAGAGACAACUUAGUGCUACUUUUUGUGCCGUAGGCUACUUACUACACCAACCACUGCGCAGAGACGGAAUCUAUCUAAUGGGAAAGGAGAUCUACUAGCUGUGUGUUAUUUUUACACUUUUAUUGAUGUCUUCUGUUAUUGGGCUUCAAGAAAGAUGAGUUGUUUCAUCAUAACCAGCACUUGCUUUAAUUUAUUCUGAAUGUAUAACUAUCUUUAAUGUUGUAACUAUUUAAUAUAGAUUUGUUCACAGGCCUAUGUGCAUCCAUAUCCUCUUAAAUUAUUUGUCUGUAACCUACCACUCGAGUGAACGUGUAAAAGCGGCUGAUAGGCUACGAUAGCGUAAACUUAGCCUAUAUAGGCUGUAUUGUAGAUGCGCUAGAUUCUCGUAGUUGGGAAAUUGUUGACCAGUCAGGUUUGGUGUGAGCUGCGUCUAGCCUAUUUGGAAAUGAAGCAUUUGAAAAUCGUACUUGUGUUGGCUAUUGCUGCCAAUGUGUGGGAAUGCGGAGACUCGAGAUUCGGAGGAGAAAAUGGAGAAGUUAGUCCGAGAAGGAGGAGAUGUUACGACGGAAGCUUGCCGAGGCGCAUGAAGAAGAGAGACAGAAAACUGUCACUGGACAGCGGCAACGAGGUUUGCCACAGACUUUACCCCCGUGUGUCCUGUUGCCCCAACCGGAGAGCCGCUUUUCAAAUACUUCACCGGCGCGAUGCCAGGACCUUCUCCACCAACAACACGGAAUGUUCCCGUCUGCUGGAGGAGCUGAGAUGUGCCCGCUGUUCACCCAAUGCCCAGAUGCUGUUCCAUGCCCCCCAUGGAGCUGCAGCUAUGCCUACUCGCGAACCAGACUUGCCCCUGCUGUGCCACGACUACUGCAGAGAGUUCUACUACACCUGCAGGGGACAUGUUCCAGAGCUUUUCCAAGCUGAUGUUGACGAGUUCUGCCAGUUCUACAGCCGAAAAGACGAGGGCCUUUGCUUCCCAGAUUUCCAGCGUGUCCGAAGGACAGACUCCAACUAUCUUGGAGAUGAGAAUAUUGAGGACAUGAACAGGAAGCACAAACACAACUGCUACUGCGUGCAAGAAGUGAUAAGCGAGUUACGACAGCCCGUUGGAGUGGUGCAUUGCGGUGACGGCUCCCAUCGCCUCUUCAUUUUGGAGAAAGAGGGCUUCGUGCGGAUUCUUACUCACAGCAUGGAGCUGGUCAAGGAACCUUUCCUUGACAUUCACAAGCUGGUCCAGAGCGGCAUGAAGGCUGGAGAUGAAAGGGGCCUGCUAAGCCUCGCAUUCCACCCCAAUUACAGGAAGAAUGGAAAGCUCUACGUGUCCUACACCACCAACCAGGAGCGCUGGGCCAUCGGACCGCACGACCACAUACUCCGUGUGGUUGAGUACACUGUUUCCAGGAAAAACCCAAAUCAGGUGGACACAAGAACCGUACGAGUAUUAAUGGAGGUUGCUGAGCUGCACAGGAAACACCUGGGGGGGCAGCUGCUCUUCAACCCUGACGGCCUGCUCCACAUCUUCCUGGGGGAUGGCAUGAUCACCUUGGAUGACAUGGAGGAGAUGGAUGGCCUCAGUGAUUUCACUGGAGCCGUUCUGAGAGUGGACGUCGACACUGACUCCUGCGCCUCUCCUUACUCCAUCCCUAAAAGCAAUCCCUACUUUAACAGUACCAACCAACCUCCUGAGAUCUUUGCCCAUGGGCUUCAUGAUCCUGGCAGGUGUGCAGUGGACCGGCAUUAUUCUGACACAAAUGGCAGUCUUCUCAUUCUUUGCACAGACUCAUCGGGCAGAAACACAAGCACAGGGAGAAUCCUGCAAAUUGUCAAAGGGAAGGACUAUGAAAAUGAACCAUCCAUUUUCGACUUGAAGUCCAUGGGCAUGUCAACACCUGUUGGAGGUUUCGUCUACAAAGGCUGCCAGUCAAGGCGGCUUCAUGGCAGCUAUGUAUUUGGCGACAGAAAUGGGAAUCUGCAGAUCUUGCAGAGGAGUGGAGGAGAGCAGCCCUGGCAGGAGAGGAGCCUCUGUCUGGGAAGCGGCACCUCCUGUGGAGCCUCGCUGCAGGGAAAUGUCCUGAGCUUUGGGGAGGAUGAGCUGGGUGAAGUGUACAUUUUGACUUCAAGCAAAAGCGUGGCACAGUCUCACAGUGGAAAACUUUACAAGCUUCUGGACCCCAAGAGACCUCCGAUGCCUAAAGAAUGUCGUCGGCCAGUAGAAGCUCCAGAGAUGCUGAGCAGUUCUUGCUCUCGACAGUGCAAGAAUGGACAUUGCACCCCCACCGGAAUCUGCUGCUGCACCCCGGGCUGGGAGGGCCCCUUCUGUAGAGUGGCUAAAUGUGAGCCAUCAUGCCGUAACGGAGGGGUAUGUGUGGAGCCAAACAAAUGCUUGUGUAAAAGUGGCUUUUCAGGCGCCCAGUGUGAGCGGGGCGAAAGGGGCUUAGAGCAAGCAGAUGGAGACAAGAGCAAGGAUGGCAUCCUGGACCACCUCAUUGACAUGACCUACUAUUUGCUGGACCUCACCAGCUAUAUUGUAUAAAGUUGCCAAACAAAUGGAGAUCUUCUUCCCCCAGCCAACCCCAGCCCCAUGCCCGUUGCCCACCGUCAAUGGCGAAAAUGUUCCUUUUCUGGAAGGCCUCAUCAUACCUGAACAAUCCAGCAGAGUAGCGUGCCGAUAUAUUCACCUCAAGGCGAACCAGAUCUUUCAUUCUUCUGGGCUGUAAAGGCUUGUCAGCUUAGACAGAAUUCCACAUGCUGGAAACUAUUUUGCCAAUAGCAGAGGCAGGUACAUGCUUGAAGGCUCCUAGAAUAAUGUUGUCCUGAAUUCUCUCAAACCUUCCUGUGUCCAAGCCAACCAAAUCUGCAGUUGCUCCCCAGACCUUCCUCUUACCUUCCAGACCUCAGUCCAAGGCUGAGAAUUUCUGAUCUAAACUGUUAAGAAGGCAUCCAGGCUCCAAAAAGGCCACACUGCCACAAACCGCCAGGAGUAAGAGUUGGCACGAAGAGAUGUAAAGACAAAGUGACCUGCAAACAGACUGGACAAUGUGGGCUAGCAGUAGCAAAGCCCCUCACCUCCCACCCUCGCAGCAGUCCACAAAGCUGAACUGCACCUUGAAGAAACCUGAACGCCACCUCAAAAAGGGGUGUGUCCGUUUUUGCCUUCUUAAAGACUAAACAUUGAAACAUUGAAAAUGAAUGCACAUUUGUCAAUUUGACACAAACUCAAAAGCUUACAAUUGACAAGUAUGCUAACUUGAAAAGAAUAAGCAUACAAGAUGAGGAAUAUUUGUGACAAUCUUCUCAGUGACACACAGCUCCAACCUGUAUUGUAUCUUUGUAACCUUGAGAUUCCAAAAAAAAAAAACGAUUAAGGUCAGAGCUUUUUUGCAUUGCUCUGCUGGAGAACAGUGCCAAAUCCAUUCAGAAUGUGUUCCUUGGCUAUGUAACUGGUUCAGAGGCAACCAGAAGGCGGCUGAUGACAGUUUAUUAAACCUCACUGGCAUUUCCUCGUCACAACAUGUAUAGUUAGGCUAGUCAUAUUCUUUAUACAUGUAUGUAGCUAUAGACAACACAAGCUAUAUAAAAAGAGGUCAGAAUGAAAACAUUUUGACUUUUAUUUUGCGACCUGUAGAAAGAUUGCAUCUUGAAAUACUUUAUUGUACAUCAAUAUGCUAGUUUACUUUUAGGUACGUAAAAGUCUAAAGGUCUUAAAGUAGCAGUACCUACAGUUGUUGAUGUCAAGUAGAUUCCAGGUUGGGGAAUUGAACUUGGUCAGUGUUCUGUUUUUGAAAUAAGUGCCACUGUAUGAUUUUUUUUUACUUAUUCAUCAUGUCCAUGAAGCUGCUUUCUUUUUCUAAUACAAUUACUAUAUUACUUAGUUGAUAUGUCAGUUUGAAAAAGAAACUUGUUAUUUGAAAGGCAGUUUUCUCCUGAAGAGUUUUAACCAAUUCUUCAUCUAAGAGUCUGUUUUUCAAACGUGAGAGUCGAGAUAAUGCCUAUAUAACUAUGUCUAAAUAAAGACAUAUUGGAGGCAAAAGCAGAAUGAUGGGGCCAUCAUGGAAACUCUUAGGAACAAUUAGAGCUGUAUUGAAAAACACUAUGGAAUAUUCACUAUUCAGUUAUGAAAGGGACAGAACACGCUGUUGUAUAUUUCUUAAAGUACAUUACUGAAAGAUGUACUCCUUUAGCCUUACAAAAUAAUAUAGCAUUACUGUUGUUUGAUAGAGGAGCAUUUAUUUUUUUAUGCGUAAUAUAUGGGAGAGGACAAUGUUUUAUCAAGUGAUUCUACAGAAAGAUUUUUUUUUGCAUUCACACCUCAUACUAUUCUUUCUGAUUGUUUUAACAGGAGCACUGUUAAUAUAUGUAUGUGUGUCGGCCAGCAACAUGCAAUGCUCAGUUGAUUUCCUUUUUUGGUGUCAUUGUCAACCGUUUUGUCAUUAAUCAUAGAACAAUUAAUUGUUCAUAUUACAACUGAGAGUCAAACAGAUGCAUAUUCUUUCUUAACAUUUUAGGAAUACGAAUAAAAACAGAAUGUGAUUAAACAUUCAGUUGUAUUGUUAUGCAGGUGUUGUUAGGGUUUACAAAGUUGAUGUUGUGAGACUGUUUGGACAACAUUAUGUUGUCUCUACUGCAGACAACAUGCCAAAACCUCUUAGCCUCCAUCGGCAGCCUAGGUUGGUAUUUGACACCUUUCCUCAGCAACCUCAGAAUAGGUUGGAGAUGGCAGGCAGGAGAUGAAUAAUAGCUACAGUUGUGCUUUUCGUAUUAGACACAUUCCUAUAAACCUUUAGGACCUAAUAUUAAGCUAGGCUCAUGGUGUGUCCUUUGUGGCAAUCAUGGUGCUAAGUGCCCAUGUGGGUAAGACCAGAAAACAGAUUGCAUGCUGCAGACGCUGGAUUUAAAGCCUUUCCAGCAAGCCAAACCCAGUCCCGUAUUAAUGAUUAUUAUUUCUUUACCAUGGGUAGACUAUGUGGUAACUGAUGCAUGCUGCCAGUAAUCAGGUUGUUUUGUUGUUUUUCGAAGCAGCAUCAUCAUGGGUGUAUUCCUCUCAGCACUGCUUGCCUACUUGAGCAAUUCCAUCAACAGCAGAUGUUAUCAUUGUCAGUUGCUUUGGUUCCUUUUUAUGUCAUUGUUUAUUUUGUUUUCUUUCUGUUUGUUUUUUUCUUAAAUGUAUUUUGAAAUUGGCCUUGCUGUGGUCAUUUAUGUUAAAGUAUCCAUGCUGUAAGUUUAUCCUUUAAUUUAAGCACUUAAUGUGAAACUUGCAUUGCAGCUGCUGAGAAGGCAACAUGUGAAUAGAGAAAUACGUUUUUCUUCAUUAUUUAAGUAGUUAUGCCAUGAAGUUAUUUAAGUUCUCUACAUUGUUUUUACCAUUAUCUGUGAAUGUUUUGAUCAUGUAAAUAAGUCUAGGGCUAUCUUGGUAUUCUUUUUCAGAAAUAUCAAUAUGUCUAUUAAAGUUUAUAGCAUGUUUGAAAAUUGAAUAUUGAAUCCUGUUCCUCGUUUUUAAGGUAGGCCUAUUUAGGUUUAUUUAAGUUCUGUUAUGAUUUGCUGAAUUUAUAUUGAUAUGAUAUAGAUGCUCAUAGAUAAAUAACACAUAUAGGUAUUGAAAACAAAUAUGAAUUCAAAAUAAUUUCAUUAAGUAGUUAUAUUUUGAGAGAUAUUUACAUGUUUGGAGUCUUUCUGUAGUCCUCGAAGACCUUUGUUUUUAUAAUGGCCUAUUCAGGAGGUUCAGGAGAAUAUGACCAUGUUUUGCUCCUCCUGGAGAAGAAAGUGCUCCAUUGGGAAGUUCUCACUUUUUGUAAAUGACAUACGUAUGUUUCCAUUGGGGUUUUUUGUGCGUUUGUUUGUUUAUUCGUUAAUUUUCCACCUGACCAGUCAAACAAAAUCCAAAUUCAUUUGAAGGGAAGCUUAAGAAGCCACUAACUUAGCCCAGUCCUACAGUGUGCACUGAAACACAGUGCUCUGUCUACAAAGUAAACUUUGCAUCAAGACACAAUGAUCCACAGUCAGAGAGAGAAUACUGAAGGUGUUCUAGAGGACUGAUGACAAAUAGUUGAUGACUGUACCCGCUGACCACAAUAUAUGACUUAAUAAA